UCAAAAAGUAAACAUAAGCUGUUACUUUAAAACUUGUUGCUCGCAGUAUUUUAAUAGGCGCUUAGAAGAAAUUUAAAUCAAAAUGUCUUUUGAACCUGCUAGCAAUAUUGUUUUAAGCAUUUUGCUGUCUUUAUUGCUUUCUAACACAUGUGAAGCAAUCAAAUGUUUUCACUGCAACAGUCACAAUAACUCAGCGUGUUUAGAGAUGCAUAUUCCAAAGAUGCAAGCUAUCAUACCCAUCGUUGACUGCAGAGAGGGUCUCUCCAAUACCAUUGACAAAAGGGAAUUCUUCUGCCGAAAGAUUACACAGACAAUCUUACAUCCAGAUCAGACGCCCGAAGUUCGAAUCACUCGCGGCUGUGGCUGGGUGAGAAGCAAGAGGGAAUGCUACAAAGCUGACAAUAUGGACCAUUUGGAGACCGUCUGUCAGUGCUUUGGGGACCUCUGCAAUGCGGCAACAACGCUCGAAUACGUCAAAGUGACAGCUCUUGCAGCUGUUGCCACUCUUCUCACCGCGUUUAGGACGUGGCGGGGAGAGAUAGUUUGAUGCUUCUAUAUGAGACGAUUUUAAAGGUCUGAACUUUUACUCUUUAAUAUAAUUAUAUCUGUGUAAAUGUAAAUAAAAGAUUUUGGGAAAAAUUGUGUCUUUUGAAAGAAGAUCUGUAAAGUAAUGUAGAGUAUCUAUUUAUUACAAAUGAAAUGUUAUUAUUAAUCUUCUCUGGAUUACAAAAUGUUUGUAAAUAAGUUUCAAUAAUACCACUUACAUAAGUGAUAUAAAUCCUUGUUGAAUCAAAGGUUAUCGUUAUACUUACGGCAUUGUA